AUGGGGCAGUAUCUGUCCCAGCCCUCCACCGAAAAGGAGUCGGAGGAGGGCUAUGCAGAUGCUCUGGCCUAUGGCUUGUCUGCGAUGCAGGGCUGGCGGGUGUCGAUGGAGGAUGCGCAUAUAGCCGAGCUAGACCUCGACCCAGCCACCAAAACCUCGCUCUUUUCAGUAUUUGAUGGGCACGGCGGCCGAGCGGUGUCCCAGUUUUGCGCCAUGCACCUAGCAGAGGAGUUUGUCCGCAGCGAGGCAUACCGGCGCGGUGACCUUGCCACCGCCAUUACGGAAGCCUACUUCCGCCUUGAUGAGCUGCUUGAUUCGGAAGAGGGCCGCGCAGAGUUGCGGCGGCUUAGCGGCGAGAUGACGGCAUCUGCAGAUAUGGCGAAAGCAGUGGUGGCUAAUGGUGGCAGCGGCAGCACAGGGGAGGAGGAGGAGGAGGAGCACCAUGCGGCAGGCAUGGGUGCCACGGCUGUGUCUGUGGUGGUGCGGGGCAACCGCGUGGUUGUGGCAAACACGGGCGAUUCGCGGUGUGUGCUGUCGAAGCGGGGGCAGGCGCGAGCGCUGACGUUAGAUCAUAAGCCCAUCCUGUUUGAGGAGGCCAAGCGCAUUAUCAAGGCGGGCGGUUUUGUACGGGACAACCGCAUCAAUGGCGCGCUUAACGUGUCGCGCACCAUUGGCGACCUGGACUUCAAGCGAAAUGCAGAGCUGAGCCACCGCGAGCAGAUGGUUGUGGCCACCCCAGACAUUGAGCAGUUCUCGCUGGAGGAGGGCGACGAGUUUCUCAUUGUGGCCUGCGACGGCAUCUGGGAUGUGCUUACCAAUCAGGAGGCGGUGGACUUUGUGCGCAAGCGCUUGAAGGCGGGGGAGAGCCUGAAAUCGAUCUGCGAGCAGAUGUGCGACGCCUGUUUGGCACCUGACCUCAAAGGCCUGUGUCGUGGCGCCGACAACAUGAGCGUAAUUGUGCUGCUGUUCAAG